UAAACUUUGCUUCGCGUAAUUAAAUAGAAGCACGCGCGGUCUGUUACGUAAUGAGACCAGUGACGUAACAAUCAAGAUUGAAACACGAAAGCCGAACGGAAGUAAAAAUGGUCACACAACCGAGCUCUGUGUACAAGAGCUCUUUUGCUAAUGCUUUGAACACUGCCGACUUGGCACAAAUGUGUGUCGAGAAAAAGAAAUAUAGAAAAGGUAGACGUAAGAUGGAGCAGGAAGGGAAUGCAAUCGUUGUUUUGGUCAAUGGAAAUAAAAUCAAAAUGGUUUUCAAGUCUGCGUAUCAGCGUUCUUAUACAGGACCAAAAUGGGACAAUUUUACUGUAGAAGAGUUUCAAAAGAAACUGCAAUAUCGUGCAGAUAGGAGAAGCGUUGAACAHCAACAUCAAGCGUGGCUCUGGGACAGCGACAGCGAAGAGGAUGUGGAAGAAAUUCCUAUGCCCGAAGACAAGCAAGAUGACAAACAAGUUGCAAACUUACCAAGUCAGCCUAACGACAACGAAAGGAAAAGAUCUGUAAAAGCAUGGGUAGAAGAGCAAAGAGACAUUACAGGAGAAGAAAAGGAAAAAGUUCCUAACGAGGAGAAAGAAACGCGUAAAACGGAUCAAAAAGUCGAACAUCGAAAGCGAAACGAUAUCGGUGAAGCGAAACAUCGUCGAAACCAUCGCUAUCACAAACAUCGGUCUCCUCAUAGAAAACCGCAUAUAAGCGAAAGGGAUAGAGAGCAUGAAUCACCAAUAUUUCAUGACUUGGAAGAAAAGAAAAAGCAUCCGCCAUUCUUGCCUUAUGGAUGGGCGAAUGACGCUCCUACAGAACUAAGAAARACCCAUAAUGUUUUAGCGUCUGAUCGCGAGGUUUACCCAGCUGCCCUAAGAGCUGCAAAGAGAAGACAAAAUAUUAUCAAACAAAAAGUCAAAUUACACGAAGAAGCUAUCAAGAAAAAAGAACUUACUCCUCCGGUAGAGAAAGAUUCAAAUCCCAUGUUUCCUAAAGAAAUGUGGUUGACAGAAUAUCAGCGAAACUUUUGUAAAGUCGAUGAUUUGAAACGUCACUAUGGCAGAUAGUAGUAACUGUACUUGAAAUAAUCAAAUCAGAUUUUGUUGGUAAUAAAAAAAUUAAUAUUUGAA